AGUGACUUGUAAGAAAACCAGAGAAGAGAGACCAGAGAAGCCAAUGGAUUCAUGGAGGCGUCCCUCCUUCCCGUGGCCUCUGUGCAGUCCCUGCAGCAGGGGGAGGCUUCUGCUCCUGUUAUUGACCUUGCGUUUGGGGAACUGUGGUGAUAAAGCAGAUGAUGAGGAUGAUGAAGAUCUAACAGUGAACAAAACCUGGGUACUUGCACCAAAGAUUCAUGGUGGAGAUGUCACUCACAUAUUGGAUUCCUUACUUCAAGGCUAUGACAGUAAACUUCGGCCAGAUAUUGGAGUGAGAACUACGGUAAUUGAAACAGAUGUCUAUGUUAACAGCAUUGGCCCAGUUGAUCCAAUCAAUAUGGAAUACACCAUAGAUAUAAUUUUUGCCCAGACUUGGUAUGAUAGUCGCCUAAAGUUUAACAGCUCAAUGAAAGUGCUUAUGCUUAAUAGCAAUAUGGUUGGAAAAAUUUGGAUUCCAGACACUUUCUUCCGGAACUCAAGAAAAUCUGAUGCUCAUUGGAUCACAACUCCAAAUCGUUUGCUUCGAAUCUGGAGUGAUGGACGAGUAUUAUAUACUCUGAGGUUGACAAUUAAUGCUGAAUGUUAUCUUCAGCUUCAUAACUUUCCUAUGGAUGAGCAUUCCUGUCCUCUGGAGUUUUCAAGCUAUGGAUACCCCAGAAAUGAAAUUGAAUACAAAUGGAAGAAAACCUCUGUUGAAGUUGCAGAUCCCAAAUACUGGAGAUUAUACCAGUUUGCAUUUGUAGGGUUACGAAAUACAACUGAAAUUUCUCAUACUCUGUCUGGGGACUAUAUUAUCAUGACAAUCUUCUUUGAUCUGAGCAGACGCAUGGGAUACUUUACUAUUCAGACAUACAUUCCUUGUAUACUAACAGUUGUUCUUUCAUGGGUCUCAUUUUGGAUUAAUAAAGACGCUGUGCCUGCAAGGACAUCAUUAGGUAUUACUACAGUAUUGACUAUGACAACACUAAGUACAAUUGCCAGGAAAUCUCUCCCCAAGGUUUCAUAUGUGACAGCAAUGGACCUUUUUGUUUCAGUUUGCUUCAUUUUUGUGUUUGCUGCCUUGAUGGAGUAUGGCACCUUGCAUUACUUCACCAGCAACAAAAAAAGGAACAAAGAGAAAGAGAAGUCAUCAAAACACAAACCAGCUAAAUCGUCUGCAGUUGCUGUCCGUCCUAGAUCAACAUUAAUAGCAAUUAACAACAUUAAUCGCCUCCAACAGCAUGAUGAGGAUUAUGGAUAUGAGUGCCUGGAAGGCAAAGACUGCACCAGCUUUUUUUGUUGUUUUGAAGACUGCCGCACAGGUUCUUGGAGAGAAGGAAGAAUACACAUCCGUGUUGCCAAAAUCGACUCCUAUUCUCGAAUCUUCUUUCCAACAGCCUUUGCCUUGUUCAAUCUCGUUUAUUGGAUUGGUUACCUUUACUUAUAAAUUCCAGAGGUUUGACAAACUCAGAAAAGGGAUAACUUAACACUGAUACUGUUUAAUGUACCUCAGUGAACAAUAUAGCAUUAGAGCUGCUCAAAAUUUCUGAAAUUCACAUGAAACUUGAAAUUCUUGAAAAAAUGAAAGGAAAUAGAAUGACAUUUUCAUACUUUUCCAUCUCUAAUUGAUCAAUUAUACAGCUAAUUUUUAACUUUUGAAAUUAGGGGUAAAACUUUCAAAAAACGUUUUUUGAAUUUUUUCUUUUGUCCAGCUCUAACAAAAAUGCAGAGAAAUCAAUGGUUAAAUGGCUGAAUCAGGCACCUCUUCAUAACUUUUUUUUUUAAAUGAUUAACAGCUAAACAUUGUAGCAUCUCUUACACCAAAGUUAACAAAGCCUUAAUAAAAUAGGUGUAGCAGCACUGUUAUUGAAUCAUUCUCAUACCUACCUUUUCUACCACAGAAUGACUUUUAAAAAUAAAAAACACCUGAACUUUUAUAAAAUCCUAUUUUAAAGAGGUUGGCGUGGAAUAUUCCUCUGGUCCAUUUAACCAUUUGUCCUUUGCCUAAUACUGGUAACAAGUACGUGUAAACCUGAAUGCAGUUAAUUAGCACUUAAUGAAAGCAGCAUGAAACUGAUAUGUUAUAUGAAGGCGAUAGUAAUUCUGAACUGGUGUGAUCCUGACUAUCACAUAAGUUUUUUGCUUAGAACUUGGGUUAAGUUUAUGCUUGUACUUUGCCCAUCAUUACUUAGCUAUUGGUAGUUUCCUAGGGUUCCGAAAAAGAGGGCAAAAUCCUGCAGAGAUCCUUAACUAAUGUAA